AGCACUAAUGAUGAUGAUAGAGGCGUUCCACUUUUUGAUUUAAUGAUGAAGUUUGACAAAAAUCAUAGCACUUGAAAUAAGAGCUUGGAUAACUGAAAUAAUUUUGACCUCAUGUUGAUUAUGAUAUUUAAAUCAAAAAUAUUUCAGUGCGUAUAUACUAUUUUCGAUAGCAUUUGAUCGCCCACUAUGUCAUACUAUGGGACACGCUUAUCAAUGGUGCAGAACCUUCUUUGGAUUAUCAUUUUUCUGAGUUACCAAUCUUCUUCCACCGGCGAAGACUGUUUAAAAUCAGGAAAUAGUAGUGAAUGCUGUGCAGACUUUUUCAUGAAAGAAGGAAAAUGCACCCCUUGCCCAAAUGGAUAUAUUGGACCAAAUUGUGAUUUCACAUGUCCCUAUCCAAGUUAUGGACGUCGGUGUGUGGAAGGAGACUGCGAGUGCCCGAAGGAGUUAUGUAACCCAGAAACCGGAUGUGUUUAUCAACCAACCACUCAAAACUAUUUUGCCAACGUUUCCUUUGAAAAAAGCACAUCUGCAGAAGAAAAUGAUUUAUUAUUCACAGAACAAAAAAAUAAAUACAGUGGCGAUAAUAUCGAUUCCAAAAAGAGUAAGUCUUCAUCAACAGCCGUAGUUGUAAUUUCAGUCUUUUGCACUCUCAUAAUUAUUUCGCUUGUAAUUGUUAUAGUACUUCAAAUGAAAGGCAAGUUACUUUCGCACAAUAAAAUCUUAUUAUCAAAACGAAGAUCCCGAGUGAUCAGUCAACGUCAUGUUGAUACAUAUUGCGAAAUUGAUGAGAAAAACAUGGAAAUAACAGAGAGCAACAAAUUCGAUGAAGUUGAAAUUUAUGAAUCAAUCGAUCAUUCAAACAACAAAAAUGAAAUAAAAUAUACUGAGCUUCCAACAAGGAAAGGGGUUUCGAAUGUAGAAAGGAAGCUAAUGUCGACAAUUUUAAUGACGAAGAUCUUGGAUGAUGAUGGUGAUAUAAAUAAUGAUAUUCAACACCAUUCUAAAAGUGAAGAAAAGCAGGUUAACAGAAAUGAAACCAUAGUACAAAUGAGAAAAGAUAAGGUUGAUCUUGACACUGUCUCAAAAAGAAAGGGAAAGGCAUCUAGCAACAUAAGCGGAUACAUCGAUAUGGGAAAGAAGGAUCCAAAAGAUUACGUGUCCAUGAAUGCUGAAAACAUAGGGUUAUAAUUGCAUUCUGAUCCAAACCUUUAAAUAAAUUACAGAUCAUACUUUGUAUAAUUAUAAUUUGUAUUUGAAAAAUGAUUUAAGUUGGUAUUUUUUAAGGCAAUAAAUUAACCUACUAAUACAUCAUUUAAUGUUGAUUUAUUUUCUAAUUUAUUUUCUAAGAAUUUUGUAUUAAUGAAAUUAUAUAUAUUACGUAACUUUGUAUAGUUUUAUUAAAAUAUAUUAUUAGUUAUUGUUUUAAAAACAAUCAAAAACGCUUAUUACUAACAAGGAUUUAGAAAAAUAUUUUUAACACUGUUCUAUGUUUUAAUAUCAUAUGGUUGAUAAGUUUAACGUGUUUCACUUUUGAGGUUCUUGAAAAUAUGAACGUCAACAAGCACAAUAAUUGCAUAUACAAAUUUAUAAAUUUUAAAAAAAUCUACUAUUUAAAACAAAAGGCAAGCAUAAAGCACCACUCUUUUUUGCAGCAAAGAUAGAUUUUUCUUAAAUUUACAUACAAAAACGAAUUAACGAUUAUGGGACCAUGUCAAAAAAAAGUUAAAUUUUUUUAGAAUUAUUUUUGUUGCUUGUUUUUUGGAUUUUGGAUGAGUCUGGCCCCCUCCCCCCCCCCCCCCCCUACACUUAAAAAAAAAACGAUGCUACCUUCCUGAAUAGACAUACCGUAACAUGUUUGUCAAAAUGAGAAGUUUUCAUUAUCAUUUCAUUAAAUCAUGAUUUUACAGAGAAAAAUUGUACUAGUGAUCACAUGGAAAUAUUAAAUGUCUCUUGUACUGUUAAAAUAAAAUUAUUCGUAAAUUGUUAAUCAAUACAUGGUCAUGUUUUUUAGUAUUCAGUUUUCGUAUAUGUUAAGCAAAGGUUUUUCUUAUGAAUAUGGUUUAUUGAUAAAUGCUUCAAACUUUCGUCAUGCUUAUUUAUGAAUCUGAUUUUAAUAAUUUAACAGAUUUUAACUACAGGUUCUGUCUUUAAGGGUAUAUGAUAGAUAAACAAAGCAUUGUACCUCUGCAAAGAAUCGGAUUUCGUUGAUAAAGGUCUAGUCAAUAUCAAUUUUAGAUUAAAACAAAAAAAAGUAUUUUUUAUUUAUCUUUAACCUAUCAACCAUAUUUUGUCGAUUGAUGUUGAUGUUGAUACAGAUAACAAAUUCUCCGAUGAAAAAGGAAACUUCAUUAAAAAAUGAUAUAAUAUUAAUUUUACAUAUAAUAUCGAUGGUAAUAUACAUUUAAUUUACAGAUUUUCAUAAAGUUGUAUUUAAAUAUGAAGGAAAAGAACAUACAUAUAAACCUGUGUAUGUGUGCUAUUGUAAAAUAAAACCUUGCACUCUCAAGUUCUUGCUUUACUAUCUGUAUAUCAGGAAGAUGAACUAGUAAUUGUUUAAGGUUUGCUUAUUGCAGAUGGAUUUGUUUUCUGGUGGACUAAACAUUUAAAGCAAAAACUAUUUCUAGUUUUAUUUUAAGUUCAUUUGAAGUUUUGUAGCGGAAAUCUCUCGUGAUCAUAUUCCUAUAUCCUUGGCGACAUAGCUGUACUUAACUAUGGAGAUGACAUGCUCAAAUUGAAUAAUUUUUUCUUGUUCAUCAAUUGAAUUCAAUUUGGUAAAACUGAUUCAAUUGACUUCAUUUACUGUGAUAAUUAUUGAUACAUCUGGUCAUCUGUUUGUUUCCUUAAAGACACCUGUCAUUGUCCC